CAAGGUGGUUGUGCACAAUGAAGUUUGUGAGUGUGUAUUUUAUUACUUACUUUUUGUCGAAAGAAAUCUUAGGAGUAUCAUUGGAAAAUAGUUAUUAUAAUGGAUUAAUAAAUUAUCUACAAGAGGAAUCUAAAGUGCAUCAAGUAGUUUUUGUACUUAACAAUCAACUCAAUAAUACAGAUUCAAUAAUGAAUUCUCUUAUAAAAUCAGUCACUACGAAUUUUCCAUCAUUAAUUAUGACUUAUGAUAUAUUUAAUAGCACAAGUAUUAAAAAAAAAUUCAAUAAAUUUAAUUAUCUAUCCAGACAUUCGACAUUGUUUGUUUUUUACAAUGAAACUAAGAAAUAUGAACAGUUACUAAAGAAAUAUUUCAUGGCACCAAAUCCAAGAUUAUUAAUUAUAAAUCCUUUUCUUUUAAGUCCCAAGUAUCUUAACGAUACUUUGCAUUCUUUUUGGAAAAAUAAGUAUUUAGAUAUUACUUUAUUGUCCCACAAUCAACAAAGAAAAGUGAUGUUCAACAAAAGUCAAUUAUACGAGGUACCUGAAAUAAGUCUAAUAAAUCCUUUUACUAAUGAAUUUUUCUCAGGGAAAGUGUCAUCUGACAGUCAAUGGUUUCCAAAUAAAUUACACGAUCUAAAUGGAUACGAACUAAAAUUCUUUAAUUUAACACCAAUCUAUAUGAGUGAAAAUAACGAAAUGAAAAUUAAAAGAAUGGGAAUUCUACAACAUAAAAUGAAUUUUAAAUAUUUAUUUGUAAACCAAUGGUUUAAUGAUUAUGCUGUUAUUCCAUCGAUUGUUGCAAUUGACAUAGAUUUAUAUGAUGAUAAGCAAUUAAAAAUUCUCAAAUAUGAUUUUUAUAAAUUUGUUAUUCCAAAAAAAAUAAAACAUUCUAACGGCAUAAUUUUGACAGAAGAAUUUUGGUACUUGGUCUUGGGAACAAUUGUCAUGAUUGUCAUUAUUCGAUUGACAUCGUUUUGUAUGAGAUUCGAAAAAAGCGCAUGGCAAAUAUUAAACAUCAGUAAAAUCAUAAUUGGAUUGCCUCCUUAUCGGGAACCAAAAAAACAGUUGGAAAGAAUAAUUUUUGGUUCAUUAUUGAUAACAUGCAUCGUCUAUUCAAGUUAUUUUUAUUUAGUAAUAAUAGACGUCACCUGGAGAUCAGAAUCUGAUGAAAUAUCAAAUCUCAAAGAACUUGCUAAUUCACCUUUAAUGACAAUUAUGCCGUGGGAAGCUCUGCUUAAAUUUAGAGAAAAAACAGCUCCUCCCUAUUAUAAGCAAAUAGGCCAAAAGGCCGAGCACAAAAGUGAUGCAGGAUGGAAAUAUGAUUGUUUGAGAUACUUGGUUAAACAUCAGAACAUAUCUUGUCUUAUCCCUAAUGCUGAAAAUAUUGUCAAUGACUUUGCAACUAAAAAAGAGAUAAAUGUUAAAAUACUACAGGAAAUUACACAUCAAGAUUUAACCUGCUUGAAAAUGGAUUAUAACACACCUUAUAAUGAUCAGUUCAAUAAAAUAAUUCGAAGUGCCUUUGAGUUUGGAUUAAUGGAAGAUUUUCAUCUUUCUGCAGUACCAAGAACCAAAAUUUCAAAGCCAGAAAUAAUUAAGAAAGAAAUACUUAUUUUUGUACUAUCGAAUGUAUUAGCUAUUGGAUAUUUUCUUUCUCUGAUCGCUUUUCUGUUUGAAAUUCUGAAAGGAAAAUUGAAACUCAAACUAGAUCAUUCACCUGAAUUGAAGCUAUUAAAAAUUUGUUCGAGGAAAAAGUGUAGUAAAAAUAAGGAAAAUAAUAAAUUAAAAAGGCGAAUUUUCAAGUGAAAAAAAUAAAUAAAAAACCAACGAAACAAUUCUGUCGUCCUGAUUUAAAAAUACACUAUCUACAUUUGUCGCUUUGACUCACUUUUGUGUGUUGAUACUACUGAAUAACGACCUAAGCGACAAAUGUAGAUAGUGGAUAAUAAAUGAAAUUGUUUGUAAGUGUGAAAAUUUUUCGUGAUGUUAAUUGUAUACGUCAAGUGACGCAAUACAGUGCUCAUGUCUAUUUUCUUCAUUAAUAUUAGUAAUAAUAUUCGUCAAUAAUUAACAAAAUUACCUAUGCAAUUUGUGUUCCUUUUGCAUUCCUGAUAAAUAAUUACAAAGACACUUACAAGGAACAUUACCCAGGUGUAUACACAGAAAAAAGCUGAUGUUAUUUUUGUUGCGGGUAAUUUUCUCCAAUACUAAAACCUACACUUUGUUUUUCCUGUGUACCUCACCGAUUUCGUUCAUCUUGUGAUUUGUUGUAGUUCUUUAAAAAAUCGCUCUUGAAAACUACAGCAAACUGGGGGAAAUUUAUUUCAUUGAAAAUAAUCAAAUUCUAAAUUAUGUUAUAAUACAAAAUACAUUCUAUCCGUUGAAAAAGGUGGUUGUAUAUAAUGAAUUUUGUGAGUGCUUUUGUUACUUACUUUGUCUGGAAGGAAAUUGUCAAAAAAAUUAAAAAAAACUUAAUUAUUAAUUCAGGACAAUCGACAUCAUUUGUUCUCCACAAUAAAACUAACAAUUAUGAGCAGGUACUUUUUCACCAGAAUUAAAAUUAAAAUUUAUCUUUCCAAACAAUAAAAGUAAUAAAGGAUAAUAAUAGAAAAUAUGAAUUUUUGAAAGAACAAAUUCGAAGGAAUUAAGAAAUGAUAAAACUGCUAAUGCUACUUGCAGAUUCUACAUGAUAACAUAUUUUCAAAUUAUACCUCAAAGUAAUCUGCAAAUGAU